AUGCGGGAGCGGGACCAGAAUCUCGCAUUGGGGACGAAUUCCGCAAGUUUGUUCCUUCCGUCAGCAGCAGAAUCUGAGUCUUAUCAAACAUAUCCCCAGAUCAAAGUACGUCCCUUAGCGGAACUGCUUAGGCAGGAGAUCCAAGCCGUCACCGAGGAGAACCGUCUGGGUUCCACAGCCACAGCUGAAAAACCUGCCACCACACCGGAAAAGGCUUCAGGUGUGGAAAGACCUGCCAACCCUUUGGCCCACAAAAGUGCGCCUAAGAAUCGCGGAUCUACUGGCUAUGGUGCCAUCGAUAAACACCUCGCCAGCCUAGACAAGGAGAGUCUCAAGAACAUAAUCAACAACGGUGACCCGAUAUACGACGAGCCGCUCCAGUUCCAGGCGCGCAAACGACUGCGCGAGGAGAUACGUCGCCAGCUGAAGGAAUUUCAAUUGGAAAAGCCCAAGGAUAGUCCGGUCAGGGAACUGGUUCCAGACGAGAUCGUUGAUGCCAUCAAAUUGCCAACAUGUCUGCUGCAUGAGAUUGAAAAGUGUUUUGGCCUAGACAUAUCAAAGCCAGAAGAGCAGGAAAUUAAUUUAGAGAAUAUUACAAUCAAAACAGAACCUAACAUUAAGAGCGAGGAGUGCAUUGAAAAUAAUUCAGAACCAAAAGACAAUUCUAGUCCUCAGUGCAGUCCAAAUAAAGAUCAAAAUUGUAGUCCUCCAGAGCAGGACAAGCCAACAGAGUGCAGUAAAACGUGUUCCGAAGAAAAGUCCACCCAAACAGUGAGAAUGGCUGGUGCCAAGGAUCUGAUGGCACGGCUCAAAGCCGCCGACGUAGUCAAGUCUGUGACGGCAGUACGCCAGUAUAAUGGCCGUCCCAAAGGCAGCUUCCCGCCUCGCGGUCCUUUGCUGCCGUUUCCAAAACAAAACAAAAAACUAAGCAAUAUCGAGAGGCCAGUUCGUAUAAAAAUAAGUGAGUCCUUGGCCAAGAAAGACAAACCAAAAGAACAGACUAAAGGAAAGACGCCUGGCUACAAAGGGAACUCCACAGCACAGGCUGCAGGUCCAGAACCCACAAUAGCGAUCAAACAGGAGAUUAAAGACUGCGAAAUGGUUUUACCAGCGAUGAUAAAUACCACAAUAGUUGUCAGCUCCUCCUCGGAUGAGGAUGAAGCUGAUGAGGAGACAACCCAGCAGCGUCAGAAACCAAAACCCGUGGCAAAACCCAACGAUGAUGAUGCCAGUGAUGAUUCCACCAGUUCCCAAUGCAGCAGCGAGUCCUCGAAGCGACGCUACCGGCAGAAGCUCAAGAGCGAUGCCGACAACGUGGUGGACAGUUUCGAAAAGUUGAUCCUGCCGCACCUCAAGGAAUCGCUGGCCGAGACAUACAGAAGCCAGCACUGCGGCAGUCAGUACACUCGUCUGCACUUUAUAUCGUGCGUGGUGACAUCCAGCGAAUAUAAUUCGCAGAGCAUCAGCAAAAUGGAAAUCGCCAAAGUGCAAAAGAAUCUCAAGCUGCCAAACCAUCGUCUGGGCAUUGAGUUCCUGCUGCGGCAGAUUGUCCAUGUGGUUAAUCAACAGAAGCAGCAGGCGGCGGCACAGCGGCGCAAGGAACAGGAGGAGCAAAAGCUGAGUAAUGGGAUUAGCAUGGUGACGAGUGCCGGCACAGGGAAUGCUGAAGUUGCAAGAGGAGAACCUUCGCCGCCGCCACAUCAAAGAGUCGUGGAGGAAACUGCAGUCGCUGCACCACUCCACAAUGAAAGUCCUUGUCAGAUUUCGCCCCCGCUGUCUGCUUAUCAGAGUCCUUUAGCACGUGAGAGCCCACCAGCCUUGCCACUGCUUCAGAGUCCACCAGUAUUGCCACCACGCCAAAGUCCACCAGCAUUGCCACCACGUGGAAUUAACCAACCAUUUGGCGUUUUUGCACCGGGAAUACCCUUUCUGGAUUCCACAAUGUCGCGACUCUCGCCAGGCGGCUAUGGCCUGUCCGAACCAAGUGAACCCAUGGGACUUUUGGUUGACAUGGUGGCCCAAAAUCUGAUCGAUAUCGAUCGCCGACUCUUGGAGAAUCAGAAUCGACGCAGCUUUCUCGACGAAAUGAUCAUGAAGUUCCAAAAGGAGAAAUCCGAUUUGGAAAUGCACAGCCUGGAGCUGCAAAGCCGCAAGUUUCUGCUGAUCAAUUCAGCGAUCAGCAGGAAGCAUGGGCCUACCACAGCAACAUCUGUGAUGUUGGGUACUCUACCACCCACAAACUCGCCGCCCCCGACAGCAGAGGGUCAGGAAGCAGUUUUAGGGGAGAGUUUUACCAAAAGCAAGGCCAAGCCUAAGGGUCGCUUCCGUCGCGCUGUGGUGGUCAAGUAUUUGCCCAAACGUAGGGCCAUAAUCAAUCGUCGAACAGCCAAGAGGAACGACAAUUCGGAUAUACUAGUGGCGCAGCUGAAGCUGGAGAUGGCAGCCAAGGAGCAGACUGAAAAAUCCAAAGAGAACUCCCCGGAAAUGCCCUUGCCGAUAAUUGAGCCGGUGAUCAAAGAGGAACCCAUGGAUUUCUGCAAUUUAAUGGAAGUGCAAGUGCAGCGUCCCUUCAUCACCGAAAAUGGUGCCAGCCACAACAAACGUUCGGCGGAACCCACUCUCAACCCGACAUCCAAGCCGAAGCAGUCGCGUCAGAGCAAACCAAUUACCAGUACAGUAUCGGGAUCGAAUCCUUCCCAGCAGCCGUUGGCUAUUAUACCACCACUGCCACCACCACCGCCGCCGCCAGAACCGAUCUACAACAUGCCGUACGAACUGCCACGAAGUAUUCUCAAGGCUCCACCGGCACCACCCACGCCCUUGUCCUUGCCUCUGCGAAAUCAUUCGGUACAGUCCAAUGGGAAUCUGGACGCGGACUUGGGUUUUAUACGCAAGGGCCGCCUGCACUUGGUCGUCAGUCCGAUCACCCAGAUACGCAUCUAUAAGAAUUACAUAUUAGCCGCUGCCGAGGAUGGGGACAUCUACAUCUUCAACCUGCACAACCACAAACUGGAGCGUCAGAUACCCAAACACGGCGAAGCCAUUACCAACAUGCAUCUGUGCGAGCAGGAGUCAUUUCUGUAUACAACAUCGUUGGACGGCUUCCUCAAGAAAUCCUCACUGGAGAAUCUGGAGAGCGUACAGCAAACGGUGUAUGUCAAGGAGCCAUUGCAAUCGAUUGAUAUUGCUUGGGAUGCGGCAUUCAUUGGCAGUCGCUGGGGACACAUCUUUGUCUACAAUGUGGUGACCAACAAGAUGAUUGAGUCGCCGCUCCUCUCCACGGGCCAGUCCAUUAUUGCUGUCAAAGCCACCAAGGAGGGCCACAGGAAGAUCAUCAUACUCGGCUGCAAGGGAAACUUUGUAUAUUUGCACGAUGCGGCCACAGGACAGUUGUUGCGUCGCCUGGGUGUGCCCGACGGACUGAACGUUUACUCGCUGCUACUCAAUGACGGACACAUCUACUGCGGCACGCAGAAGAACGAGAUCUACAAGUUCGAGUUUGCUAGUGGAAAUCUGGUCACCAAGUUGAGCUGCGGCAAUGGUGCCGUCUCCAUGGUCAGCUUCAGGGACAGAUAUUUGCUGAUUGGCUGCUACGAUGGCUUCAUUUACGUCCUGGACAAGCACAAGGGCAGCCAGGUGGGUCGGUUCGAGGGCGCUGGACGCUUGGUGCUGGCCCUGGCCAUAGCGGGUGAUAGUAUUGUGACAUCGUCGAAGGAUAACUCGUUGGAGGUGCUCGAAGUACCACCCGAAAUGCUAAAUUCCGGACAACAAUAAAAUUAUACAUAUACAUAGAUUAAAUUUAAUUUUAAUAACAAUCACACUCGCGCAC